AUGGCACAAAAAAAAGUUUUGUUUGUGCUCACGUCUCACGAUAAACUGCUCAAUGGGCAUCCAACCGGAUGGUAUUUACCUGAAGCUGCUCAUCCAUACUAUGCACUUGAACCUUAUUUUAAAAUUGAUUGGGCUAGUCCUAGGGGUGGCAAAGCACCAUUAGAUCCUUCUUCGAUUGAUAAAUCGAAGAACGAUUCUAUCUGUGUUCAAUUCCUUGCCGAUGAACAGGCAAAACAAGGAGGAUAUGAGAAAACAAAAAAACUAAGUGAAGUCAAUCCAAAUGAUUAUGUCGCUGUAUUUUAUGUGGGUGGUCAUGGACCCUGUUUUGAUUUGCCAGAAGAUGAAGUCAAUAUUAAAUUGGCAGAAGCCAUUUGGAAUCAAGGUAAAAUUCUAUCGGCAAUCUGUCAUGGUCCUGUAGCUCUCGUUGGAGUCAAAGAUGCCGAUGGUAAAUCAAUUUUUACUGGUCGACGAGCAACAUCAUUUAGUAACGAGGAAGAAGCACAAGUCAAAACGACUGAUGCUAUUCCAUUUCUUGUUGAAACUCGUCUGAGAGAACUUGGAGCGAAGUUUGAGAAGAAUAGCACAGCUUUUGGUUCCCAUGUCACUGUUGAUGGACAACUCAUUCUUGGUGCCAAUCCAGCAUCAGUCACUGAAUUUAGUGAAAAAUUGUGCGACGCAAUUAACAAACUAUAA